AUGUUUUCUUGUAGUGGUGACCAGAAGGUGGCUAAGCUUGACAAGAUCGUGGGUGUGUUAACUAAGAAGACAUCAGUGAUUAACUAUGGUUUGGCAAAGGGAGUUAGUGUACUGGUGUUGGUAAUACUGGUCAUCGUUAUGGGCUGGAAGAGCUUCAGAGGUUUUAAACAUCAGUGUCAGAACUCGAGAUGGGGUUGGCAGUCUGCUGUCCAGCCUACUGUCGAGUCUGCCAACAAAGAGAGGAGGAAAUGGUCUCCUAAUGAGGAUAAAAUCCUCGUUGGUGCUUGGCUUAACACCAGCAAAGACCCCGUUGUCAGCUGUGACCAGAAAGCUGAACGUUUCUGGAAGAGAAUUGUUGACUACUACAACGCAAGCCCUCAACUGGUUGGGACAGUACCUAUAGAGCUUGGUCCAGCGAAGCAGCGGUGGGCUAGGAUUAACGAGCAGGUCUGUAAGUUCGUUGGAUGCUAUGAGGCGGCGUUGAGGGGGCAGAGAAGUGGUCAGAAUGAAGACGAUGUGAUGAAAGCUGCCCUCGACUCAUUUUUCAACAUUUACGAGCACAAGUUCAGCCUCGAACAUGCGUGGAGGGAGCUGAGGCAUGACCAGAAAUGGUGCACCACCUAUAUGGUUAAAGAUGGUGGGAAGGAGAAGCGUAAACCAGUGGUGGACGUUGAUACAGAAGAUGAUGUUGCCGAACCUGAAAGCAGACCAGUUGGUGUGAAAGCUGCUAAAGCAGCUGGUAAGAGGAAGAAGAGUGGCAAGGAAGAAGAGAUGUCACAGCUUCAGUCCAUCAUGGAAAUGAAAGAAAAGCUCUCUAAACAAAAGAUUCUAGAACGUUUACUUGCCAAAAAAGAUCCUCUCUCCGAGAUGGAAGAAUCUCUUAAACUGAAACUCAUGACUGAGAUGUUAUGA